CUGGAGACUUGCGAGUGGAGCUUUUCCAUUUUCCGAUAACCUGGCUCGAUUCUUUAAUUUUAAGAGUCAACAAGAAUUAAUAGAAAGUUUUAAACAACAAGUCGCAACUGACAGUGAUCUUGUCAAUUGUGAUUUGGAUGUAUGGUCGACUGCUCUUAUUAUCACGUAUUUAAAGAUCUUAUGCUGGAAAUAUCGUAGUGAAUGGGAAUUCAUUAUUGAUGACAGCGAAUACUGGUUAUCAACUCAGAUGAAUAACCUCGAUGAUGUAGAUCGGCUAUAUGAAGUGUGUAGAAAAUUCAUUAUGGAAAGGUUCCGCAUUGAAACUAUCGAUAAAGACACGAGAAUAACUAUUCGCACUGUCAAACGUGUUAUCAGUUAUCAAAAUGAAGAUGGUUGUGUGGAUCUGAACGAGAAGGUCGCGAAAUUUUAUGGAUUCCAAUCAGUAGAAGAAUUUAAGAAGCAUCUUAUGAAGUAUUUCAAAACUGAGCGUGUAACAAAACUUCAUAUCAAUAUAUGGGUUACCGCUUAUACGAUUUGGUAUCUUCGAUUGGUAACCUAUAAUUACCGACAAGAAUGGAUUCAACCAUAUGAAAAAUCAUAUGAAUG